GCAUUGUGUUCCCCCCCCCCCCACCUCCCUCCUUCCCCACUCUCAUUCCCAUUCCGCUGCUGCAAACCGGGGCCUCGCUCGCUCGCUUGGGAGCUCUGUUUUCUCCUCCCUCCUGCCUCACUCCUCCACACCUCGCCCCUCGUCGCGAGGGGGCUGGACUCCUCCUCCUCCUUUGGGGGUACUUCUCCUGCGAAGACACUUUUCCCUCUUCUGAGCUCCCUUGGUCGCAGGAUAAUGAUGAGGUGAGAGUGGCGCAGGAUAAUGAUGUGGUGAGAGUGGAGGAGGGUAGUAGGUGGAGCAGGCAGGGAGGGAGGUCGAGCGGGCGGGCGGGGGGAGAAGUCGGGUUGUGGUUCUGUGGUGGUGGAUUGUCGCUGAGCAUGGUCAGGUGGAGGAGGGCCUGGUGGGGGCGAAGUGUUGUGUGAGCCGGUGAGGAAGGGGCGGGGGCUCUAGAGACGAAACGGAAUCGGAGGUUAGGCUUUUACGGGUGAUCUCUCUCUCUCUCUCUCUCUCUCUCUCUCUCAAUAUAUAUAUACAUAUAUAUAUAUCGGGGGUGGCGGUUGGCGGUUGGCGGAGGGAGCUGAGAGUAGGUUUGGGGGCAGGGGAUGUGUAGUGAGAGAGGUGGUUAGCCACUGUGAAGGAUCGCAGUGACUGGGGUGGUGGAGGUGGUACGUUGCGCGCGGGGACGUUUUAGACGAUUUUAGUUUUGGUCCGUGCUGGCGGACGGGUGUGAGGUUGCGAGUGAUGUAGUACUGCCGCUUAAGGAAUCGUCAGAGAACCAGAGAUUGAGGGGGAGGAUCAAGGUGGCAAUGACGCGUUCACCGCGAUGAUAGCCAUGUUUGACGCGGUAGUGUAGCCGUUGCUUGCAUUGUGGUGAGGAGAAUGUUUUAGAUGAAUUAUGUCUUCACCGGAUGCCUUUGAGUGCGCACUCCGAAGUCGAGGCUUUUGAGGGCACUUGGAGACGUGGCGUGGCGUGGUGUGGGAAGUUUCGUUGCAAACCUAUCGACAUGGUUGUGCGGGAAAGGAAGAUGAGCAGAAGAGACGUGGUUGUGUCGCCUCAGAAAAUUGAACUAGCAUUGGGGCUUGCUGGCCUGCUCGCGCUUAGUUGCGGGUUCCCUAGGACUGUUUGCAGGGAAAGAUGUUUUGGGAUGAAAGAGUACAUUCCUUUUUGAUUACAUUCGUGAAAUUCUUGGAUUUCAGAGUCAAAUAGAACGUCGGGUAAAGGAAAUCAUCCACACUUCAAUGCUCAUUUGCUGGAGAUCUUAGUUAGAACUGCUUCAACAUGAUAGUUAUCAGGGUUUUCAUGAAAACCUCAGUUUAUACUUCAUAGUUGAACAUCAAGUCGACAUUGCAUAAUCAGGAGGCUUGAAGACGAGAUAGUGCCUAAUCUCUAGAGCUCCGUUGGUGAUACCAACAAUCACUCUAUGGGAUACAUGUGUACAUAAUAGUUCAAUUGGAAGGAUCUAGGCUCAUGCAGUGUUUACGUCUUCUGCUUCGGUGUAACUAUUUCCAUGGCUUCGCAAGGUCUGAGACACUUUGUGGACUGGGAGGAACAAUUUAUUUCACAUGACAGAGGGAGUCGUGUGGUUCACUACUACCUGAGGGAUCGCCAUGGCCAGAGCUCGCUGGCUGUGGUCGGAACAGAGCGAAGCCUUCGACACAUGGUGUAUGUCGUGUGCGAUGACUUCCUACCUCUUGCUGGUCUGGACAAAACAACAACCUCCGCAUUCAAAUGGAGGGCUCGUCGUGAAGUUGUGGAGUGGCUCCAGACUUUGCUGUCAAAAACUCGCUCAGCUUCUUCUGAACAAUUUCUUAACUCAGGGUCUCCAAGCACGGAACCAGCAUCUUCUGAAGUCGAUGCUGUGAUGGAGGACACUGAUGAAGCCUUGGAAAGUGGUCAGGAAGAAAGAAGUCGCGGCUACCUUGAACGUGAUGUGAGACGUCAAGUGAAUGUCGAAAAAGGGGAAUUUUUGUGGGGACCCAGCAUCUGGCGCAAACGCCUCCGGCAUUUUCAAUCUUUUAUUCGCAACGGCAUCACUAUUUCGGUGCAUGAUUUUGUUUAUGUGUUGACCGAAGAGGAACGCCAUAUUGCUUACGUUGAGGACAUGUAUGAAGAUAGAAAAAUGAAAAAAAAGUUGCGAGUUCGGUGGUUCCAUAAAACAAAUGAGUUAGCUUGCAAAAUCCCUCCUCCUGCCCCACAUGUUCGAGAGGUGUUUUACACGUCUUUUCCUCAGGUUUUGAGUGUUGAAUGUGUGGAUGGUGUAGCAACAAUUCUAAAUCCAGAUCACUUCGAGUCAUGUACCAAAGUGUUGCACAUGGACGCUCUUACGCACAUUCAUUUGUGUUCCCGCCAGUUUGACAGCAGUGAAGGUAUCAAGCCUUUUAGUAUACAGGAGGUGAAGGGAUACUGGCAACAAGAAAUUUUAUCUUAUAUUGGUGUGAAAGCUCCUUCAGGAUUGACUUGGUCUCUUUCACACCCUGAGCCUGGAAGUGAAGAUCUUGAAAUGGACGAGGAAGAAGAAGCUGAGCCAGGGAAUGUCAUAAGGCGUGGACCACGGACUGCGAGGUCCACUAGACGGAGAGUAGGGUUUAGUUCUCGAAUGCGAGGUGGAGAUUCUGGAAAUGUUUCUACAUGGGUAACCUCCCCGGUAGAGAGGACAUGCGGAACUGGUGACGGAGCUGUUGUCGCGGAUGAUGCAGAACAUACUUUAAUUGAUGACGUGAAACCUCCUUCUAGAGGGAGAGUUGACAAAAUUGAGGAAGGAGUGAGCUCCUUUGAGCAUCGACUUGAUUUAAAAGUUGGUGAUGAAAUUGAAAUACUAUCUCAAGACAGUGGAUUGCGAGGUUGCUGGUUUAAAGCAACAAUCACGAGAAGAGUGUCGAAACGUUUGAAAGUGCGAUAUGAGAAGCUGCAGAAUGAAGAUGGUGAAGGAAAUCUUGAGGAAUGGGUUUCUGCUUGGCGAUUGGCAGGGCCUGACAAGUCGGGGAUGCGUGUGGCCGGCAGAACAACUGUCCGGCCUUUUGCUUCAUUUAAUGUGUCUCCUGGAGAAUGUAAUAUUGGGCAAGCUGUUGAUGCAUGGUGGAACGAUGGAUGGUGGGAAGGGAUUAUAAUCAACAAAGAGCCUCCUGGUGAUUUUCAAGUUUAUUUCCCAGGAGAAGGAGAUUUGUCUUCUUUUAAAAUAGAAGAUUUACGGACAUCAAGGGAUUGGGUAAACGAUUCAUGGAUCGACCUUCUCUGCAAUCCUGAUGCAGCCAAAGUAGCCGCACAUCUUAAACCUGAGACACCUCGAAUUGUAAAUGAAGUUCGAACAUCCACCGUGAAGCAACAGCCUCGUGCUGUUCCAGUUCCAUUGAAGGUACUAUAAGAAAUUACUUGUAGAUUAAUAUUACAUUACUUAGGGAGGAUGGCUAUAAUUUUGUUGCAGAGGUUAAUGGUUUCCUUUUUGUACCUCUAGACUACUCCAUGACUGAAGAAACACUGUUUUUGCACGGUUAAAUUCAAUUUUAUUGUCAUGGACUUGACCUCUUGGUGGUACUUCCACUAUAACUUUCUCAGACUGCGUCGUGCUAGCAUCUCGUUCACCGGGAAAGUUCAAGAUUGUGAAUCCUAUUUAACCUCACGAGGUUGUUGAUAACCUUCGUUGAAGUUUCACUUGUUUUCUCGUUCCACUGUAGUGGAUAUCAGAGGUUGUAGAGUAGUUUGGUGGUCCAGAACUCGAAAAUGAACUCAGGCUGUACAUUGUAAUUAGUCAAUGAAAAUAUCCUACAAUCAUGCCCAUUUCCGCCCAA